UUAUGAAACGGGUGAAAGUUAUUGCAUCUGUUUAGAGACAUAAAAUGGCCAUUUACCCCAGAAUUGUUUUCACUUCGGUCUUUCUUUUUAGUUUUUGGUAUGGCGUUAGUCUAUCGCCUACUGACCACAGGAACACGUUGAGCGACGAAGUAGAUAUUGAUGAUGAAAAUAUUUCGUUCACUCACGUAGAGUAUCCAAGGGAUAAAUUAAUAGAAGAGUUUAAGUCCGCCUUUCUCCAGAAAUUGAAUCUGACAGAACCACCAACUUCAGUAAUACCAUUGAAACUUAACAGUGAAAUAGUUGAUUUGUUGAUGGAAAAACACGAAGAACAGUUUCAGACCAAAAGUAUCAUUUAUCCAACAAACAACAUAUAUUCUUGCAUAGAAAGCAACAUAAGAGACUGCAGUCGAUUCGAAUUCUACUUCAAUUUUGAUAUCCAUGCAAUCGAAAAGGUCUUUCUUUGGUUUCAUAAACAAAGAGCAUCAAAGCCCAUAAGCUUCACUGUGCAUUUCGACAACUCUUCUGAUAUACAUUAUUACAACGAAUCUACUUCCGAGUUUGAAAUGCAACUGCAAUGGAUCAAAUUCCAUUUGGAAAAAAAUGCCCUGGAAAAUGUGAACGGAACAUUGCAAUGCACAGUUGAAGUCACAGGUUUGUACUAUGUCGAGGAAGAGAACCUCCCAGUUCUCAUUGUCACCAAGCCAAAUCCUCACGAAAAUCGCCAAAAACCUGACAACAGAGUGAAAAGAGGCGAAGAUUGCAAGUGCCGGGCAGUGGACCGCUACAUUUCUUUCAAGGACAUAAACUGGCACAAGUGGGUUAUCGAACCAGCGAGACUGAAUAUCAGAGCUUGCAGUGGUGUCUGUCCGUACGUACAAGGUACCUCCAGCCUUUCCUAUGGCAACUUGAUGUAUAAUUACGACAAAUACCACAAGAUCCAGGAAGACAAUGGCUGUAGCAAAUUUUGGGUGCCAAGAUGCUAUCCUAGCAAGAUGGACAAGGUGAAAAUAAUUUAUGUAGAAAACAACGCAACGACGCCAACAAUAACAGAGCUGCAGGAUAUGGUCGUAGGAUCUUGUGCUUGUAUGUCCCACACUUGCUUUGCUCGCGAUUAGAGAACUAUAUACGUGAAAUUAAAGUACAAAAUAUUUUUUUCAUUUUGUAAAUUUUGCAAAUUCUUUGAUAAUAAAAAAAAUAAUUAAUAUA